AUUUGUUAGUAAGGUAACUUAUGUGCGUGGGACUCUUCUAAAACGAUACCCUCCAAUGCACUAGUAGGCACCAUUUCCGUGUAACAGUCCAAGCUUGAAUGAACGCGUCGCUUUCACACACUUCAAAAUCCCAUAUGCUAUAGCAGAACCCAAAGAAAAUAAAAGUUUAGAUCUCACACAUUGUUUCCCUCUAUCUAUUCUCCACUGUAGACAAACAGAAACAAGAAGAACAAACAAAGAAUUCAAGAUGGAGGACCUAGCGCAGGUUCUAGGGUUGAGCGCGACGAGGGUGGCGAGCGCGGUGAUAUCAGCGGCGCAUAACGCCAGUGCGCACCGCCGGAACUGCGAGCGCAUGGUGGAGCAGGUGAGGAUGAUAGGGAACCUGCUGGUGACGCUGGAAUCGACGGAGGUGGCGCGGCUGCCGGCGACAAAGGAACCGUUGGACGGUCUUCAAGAGGCUCUGCGGAAAGCGUUGGAGUUGGUGGAAAGUUGCAAAGACAAGAGUUACCUUUACAUGCUUGCUAUGGGUUGGAGCGUAGUGAAUCAGUUCCGCCACGUUCAGACGCAGAUCGAUCGCCACCUCCAACUCGUGCCCCUCAUCUCCGCUGUUCACGAUUUUCGUAUGCAGCAUCUCGGAGAAGAGGAUCAAACGGAAUACACCCUGGAUGAAGAAGAAAUGGAGACCCAAAAUGUGAUACUAAAGACUAAUCGAUCUAAGAAGGAUGCAGGUAUAUUGGAGAAAUCCUUAUCUCGUAGGUACCCUGAUCUGGGGUUCCACGAGGCCCUCAAAGAGGAGAAAGAAAAACUGCAUAUUGAACUACAUAGAUCAAGAACCAAUAAUGACCCAGACCAAUGCAGGGUAAUUGAACAUCUUAUUGAAGUCACAGAAAAUGUUGUCAGCGUGACACCUAACGAAAAGGUUGCAAAAGUUAUUUUCAACGAACCAACUGAUUUGAUAUCAAGGAAUAUAACUAACAAUGCAAUAGCAUUCGAGGACCUCGAGUUGGAAUCUGGAGAUAAAAGUCAAUCAGAAUGGGAGACUGAUCUCUUUGGUUGCUUCAGUGAGCCUUGCUUAUGCCUAAAGACCUGCUUCUUCCCAUGCGGAACAUUUUCUUGGAUAGUUAAUGUGGUUACCGGGGGAGAAACUUCUCGAACACGUGCAAUGACUAAUCUUAUGGCUUACUCCAUGUUCUGUGUUUGCUGCUGUUAUUCCUGUUGCAUAAGAGGGAAAUUGCGUAGCAAAUUUAACAUUGAGGUUGGUUUCCAUUUCACCCUGUCCACUUAAGUUUCAUUUCAUUAUUAACCGUUUUUGUUUUUUUCGUAGGGAGGUCUGUGUGAUGACUAAUUGACACAUCUAAUGUGUUGCUGUUGUGCAAUGGUUCAAGAAUGGCGUGAACUUCAGCUCAGGGGUUUUGGAGAUUGCAGAGAAAGAAGGAUGUUUCCUCCUCCGAACCAGCACAUGGAGUCAUGAAUUUUCCUAAUUUCUCUUUUUUCCUAAAGAUAUAGUCAAUUUCUGCUGUCAGGAAAUCAAACGAUUUACUCAGUCGCUUGAAGUCAUUACAUGAAAUUAGAAGACUCAGUUUUCUUCACGGCAAAUCAAGCUCAAAUACUUAUUUAUCUUAUUUGAUUUAUAUUUUUAAAAA